GACUACGAUGUCAUCCCGGGAGAUAGCCAUUAAGUAGACAUGAUAUCAGAGCUGCUUAUACUCCGUUCAGAACACGGAAUGACAAUGCUCCCGUAGGCUAGCUGUCCACAGCUGAAGCUUCGCGAUGUUCCCGACAAUUCUUUGAGCGCGGCCGGUUUCUGGGGGUUUGCAUAGCGUCACAUAUCCACUUCAACCGGAUAGGUCUUCCCCCACCAAUUCUCCAGUACUUAUUGUAGUGUAGUGCCCCUCGCCAACUCAUUCCUUUCAUCUUUUCAUAGUAUAUAUAGUAUUACUGACUGCUUUCUUCUCUUUCUCUUUUCUCCUCCAACACUGUCACUCUUCACACUCUUGAUCACCUCUUACAGACCUAUCUAUACAACUAUUUUAAUAUUCUUAAUCUAUUCACCAUGGCGAACAACCCCGUCAACGAGGUCGGACAUUUUGUCCAUGAGAACACCACUGCCCCCCCUCACCCCAGCUUGUUGGGAAUGUUCUCCCUGAAGGGCAAGACUGCUAUUGUCACUGGUUCUGGUGCUGGUAUUGGUCUCGCUGUGGCCAAUGGUCUGGCUGAGGCUGGUGCCAACGUUGCCUUCUGGUACAGCAACAACAGCAAGGCCCCAGAGCGCGCUGCUGAGGUCGCUCAGAAGUAUGGUGUUCAGACCAAGGCAUACCAGUGUGACAUCACCAAUGCCGAAGCCGUCCAGAAGACCGUCGACCAAUCUGUCCGCGAUUUCAACGGCCGUCUGGAUGUUUUCAUUGCCAACGCUGGUGUCCCAUGGACUGAGGGCCCCAUGGUGGACGGUCCUCUUUCUCACUACACCAAGGUUGUUGGCAUUGACCUGGAUGGUACCUUCUACUGCGCCAAGGCUGCUGCUGCCCACUGGAAGCGCCAGAAGGAGCAGGGUACCGACCUCAACGGAAAGCCCCUCACCAACUUCAACUACGGUAGCUUUGUGGCUACUGCCUCCAUGAGUGGUCAUAUUGUCAACUUCCCUCAGAUGCAGGCUGCGUACAACGCCGCCAAGUGUGGGGUCAUCCACCUCUGCAAAUCUCUCGCCGUCGAAUGGGUUAAAUACGCCCGUGCCAACUCCGUCUCCCCCGGAUACAUUGCUACCGAGAUCUCCAGCUUCGUCCCUCAGUCGGUCAAGAACAUCUGGAAGGACAAGAUCCCCAUGGGUCGGGAGGGUCAGCCCGAGGAGCUCAAGGGUGCCUACCUCUACCUGGCCUCGGACGCCUCGACCUACACCACCGGUGCCGACCUGGUUGUCGAUGGUGGAUACUGUGCUCCUUGAAUGAAUUAACGAGUUUUUUGGUUAAAGCGGUUGGGUUGUUUUGGCAUUUGUUUUUUGGGUAAUUAAAAUGAAACGAUAAUAGACGAAUGAAUGAUUAUGAUCAUGCCGUAUGGUUGUUCUGAU